UCACUGCCUUGCUUCUAGCAGGUCCUACUGCCAUGGCCGUCACUAGAAACAUUCUCCUCUCCGUGGCCGCGAUGGCCAUCCUGAGCACCGCCUCGGCUGCAAUCUACAAUGUCGGCGAGCCCGGCGGAGCGUGGGACCUCGGCACCAACUACAACACAUGGGCGUCCUCCAGGAACUUCCAACCCGACGACCAGAUCGUCUUCAAGUACUCCCCUCAGGCGCAUGAUGUCCUCGAGGUCAGCAAGGCCGACUACGACUCAUGCAGCACUGCGACCCCCAUUGCCACCCUCAACUCCGGGAAUGAUGUCAUCGCCCUUAACGUCACCGGCACCCACUACUUCAUAUGCGGCUUUCCUGGCCAUUGUGCGGGUGGCAUGAAGGUCAAGAUCGAUGUCAUGCCAAGCUCCUCCUCUUCGUCGCCUGGCCUGGCCAGCGGCCCAAGUGCAAGCAACGCUUCCCCACCGACGCCUGUCUCCGCCGACAUCUCUGUGGAGGCUACGGGCUUUGGCCUCGCCGUCUUGCUUGCCGUUGCUGGCCUCAUGGCUUGAGUUCAAUUGUGCAGCUGCACAUACAUGUAUAAAGUCAUGUAUAGUCAAGUAAUUAUUACUAGCAAGUAUAUGUGU